AAGCAGAGGCAGCAGCAGGCAGCGUGGCUCCUGGCUCCGGGGAAAAGCGAGUUGGAGGGAGCCUGACAGAGCAGACCGAGGAUCAGGAUCCAGCUGAGCUAAACUCAGCUGCGGUUACAAGCUCAAGGCAGGAGUUUGGACGCUCUCAAGAGCUCGUCUCUGCUCCUUUGGCUCGGCUGACCCUACCAUGUGGACUCUGCCCCUCCGGGUCAGGACUAGAGUUUUAAAAUAAGAUGGAUGAUUUGACGUUACUUGAUCUCCUGGAGUGCCCCGUGUGCUUGGAAAAGCUCGAUGUCACAGCCAAAGUCCUCCCUUGCCAGCACACCUUCUGCAAACCAUGUCUCCAGAGGAUCUCCAAGGCCCACAAGGGGCUGCGCUGCCCCGAAUGCAGGACCCUGGUGUUUGGCAGCAUCGAGGCGCUGCCGGCCAACCUGCUGCUCGUGCGCCUGCUGGACGGCGUGCGCUCGGGGCCGAGCUCCGGGAGAGGGGGCUCCUUCCGCAGGCCUGGCGUGCUGGCCUUGCAGGACGGCAGGAAGAGCAGGACUCACCCCAGAGGUCUGCAGGCCAGCCCGUUCCGACUUGUGCCCAACAUCAGAAUCCACAUGGAUGGGGAUGAUAUCAUCACUGUGAUCAGCCGAGUGGAUGAGAACUGGGCAGAAGGGAAGUUAGGAGACAAAAUCGGCAUCUUCCCAAUCUUGUUUGUUGAGCCAAACCUCACUGCGAGACACCUGCUGGAGAAGAACAAAGGCCACCACCCAACUCGCACAAAAAGCCUGUCCCUGGUGUCCUCCUCCAGAGGCAAAGCCACCAACACGCCCAGCCUCCGAAGGGGCCCUGGGUCCAGGAGGAAGGGGCCCGGGCAGCUCUCCAUCACGACAGCCUUGAACACCCUCAACAGGAUGGUCCAUUCUCCCUCAGGGCGCCAUAUGGUGGAGAUCAGCACCCCAGUGCUUAUCAGCUCUAGCAACCCCUCUGUGAUCAGCCAGCACGUGGAGAAAGCAGAUGUUCUUCCCAGUUCUUUGGAACAGGUCAGCAUGUAUCACGCCACACCUGCCUCCCCAGGACAUUCCAUGGCCAUCGUCAGUAUGCCUGGCUCCCAGCAGCACCUCUCAGCUAACAUGUUUGUAGCUCUCCACUCCUACUCCGCCCACGGACCCGAUGAGCUGGACCUGCAGAGGGGAGAAGGCAUCAGGGUCCUGGGGAAGUACCAGGAUGGUUGGCUCAAGGGAGUCUCCUUGGUCACCGGGCGAGUCGGCAUCUUCCCCAACAACUACGUCAUCCCCAUUUUCAGAAAGACAUCUAGUUUUCCAGACGCCCGGAGCCCUGGUCUCUUCGCCACAUGGACAUUGUCGACCUCCUCUGUGUCCUCCCAAGGCAGCAUUUCAGAAGGUGAUCCCCGACAAAGCCGCCCCUUCAAGUCCGUCUUUGUGCCCACGGCCAUAGUCAACCCCGUGCGGAGCACAGCCAGCCUGGGCGCUCCAGGACAGAGCACUCUCCGGAAAGGGCGGGGCAGCAUGAGAAAGAAUGGAUCCCUGCAGAGACCCAUCCCGUCAGGGAUCCCCACCCUUGUGGUGGGCUCUCUCAGACGCAGCCCCACCAUGGUCGUCCGGCCUCAGCAGUUCCAGUUCCACCAGCCACCGGCGGUCCCCUCCUCACCCUUGAUGGUGGUGGCGGAGAUGGGACCCAAGCCGGCUCCCACGGGGGAGCCUGCCCUCACGUGCAUCAGCAGAGGCAGUGAGUCCAGGAUCCACUCAACCGCCAGCUCCAUCAUCAUGGAAGGCAAGGAAAUCCCCAUCAAGAGUGAGCCUCCACUCAAACCGCCCGCAUCUGCCCCGCCAUCCAUCCUGGUGAAGCCAGAAAACUCCAGAAACAGCAGCGAAAAGCAAGUCAAGACCGUGAGAUUUCAGAAUUACAGCCCUCCUCCCACCAAACACAGCACCUCCGGGAAGCCUGAACAUCCCGCCAACCCUAAGGGGUCCCAGCCUGAAGCCACCCCCUUGGGCCCGGAGAUGACCAUCCUAUUCGCCCACCGCAGCGGCUGCCAUUCCGGACAGCAGACAGACCCCCGGAGGAAGUCAGCUUUCAGCAAGACCGUGGCCCCAGUGUCCUCCGCCUCCUCCACACAGACCACGUUUCCCAGCAAAUGAAUCUACGGGUGGCUUUUCCUAGAUCCCGAAGAGGUGAAUUGCAUUUAAAUACAGUCUGCCUCCAC